AUGCGCUGUGGUGUGCAAGGCACAGUGGACUACUGGGAGGCAUCCGUCGCACUGCCAGACCGUCUCACGAAGUCUGAGGACUUGCACAGCAUCGCCAGGGUCCUGUAUGGCGCCGACACAGCAAAGAUCGAAUGCUUCCUCUCGGAGACGGCCGCUAAACCCUCUUCGGCCUCGUUCUCAAUUCCGACAGGCAUGUUGCUCCUCGCAACGCCUCUGUCGUGGCCGCAGGACCAGGCCUACAAGACCUUCAUGGGAAGCCAGAGAUUUUGGACGAGGCAUCUGCAGCCGCUCUCUGUGGUGCAGCCGAAGUCCGUCGAGGUCACUGUGGUCGGUGGCGGCCACAGCGGGCACUGCAUCCAGAAUGGGAACGUCGGAAUCGACAUGUCCCACUUCGGUGAUGCAGAGUUUCGGGACGGCACGGUAGUGCUCGCCGGCGGCUGCACUCAAGGGGACAUCGUCCGUUGUCUGCCCGAAGGCUGGGUCGUAGCCAUGGGUGCGCGGCCGAGUGUUGGCAUGGGUCUCAUGCUGCAGGGCGGCAUAGGCCAUCUCACACGCGUCUUCGGACUCGCUUCCGACAACAUCCUGUCAGUCUCCUUGGUCACAUCAGGAGGAGAAGACGUCACGAUCGACGAUGACCGCCUUUGGGCUUUCCGAGGUGCGGGCACCAACUUCGGGGUCGUCUACCGCAUGGUAGUGCAAGCGCACCGGCACUCUGGGCAGACUUGGGCCCAGGACGAGGCUUACGACACCUUCGGGGCGGAGUUGCUGCAAGAGUACGGCGCAGUCUGCGGAGGCCUGUGCAACAGCCGCUCCCUUGACGGCUUUCUCAUGUGGGCGAGUGAGACUCAGCCGCAGCUCGUCACUUCUGCCUUCUCACUGGAGGAGGACUGCGCGCUGCAGUUUCCCUCGCUAGCGAGCAGAUCGGCUUCUCUCAUCGAAGGCUCAGGCCGCUACAAUAUGACGGAGAUGUUUGAGCGGGAGCUCUACAUGACCCCAACCUUCGACACAGCCCGCGUGGGGGUGAGCGUGAAGGCCCGAAGUUACAAGCGCUGCCUUUUGCUGGGAACCAUGACAAGAUCAUUGGCACUGGAGUUGGAACAAGUUAUGGACUCCGUGCCCUCUCCGAAGCUGUCAUACAUCCACUUGGUCCAUUGCGGCGGAGUGGUAAAGCAGGAUUAUCGCGUCACCGCGUUUGCCAAGAGAGACUGGGAGUUUGCGGCCGUGAUCACAGGCAUGUGGCCAGAUGGCAAAGACUGCUCGUCGGUGGUGACAUGGGUCGACGAGUCCGUCCGUACGCUGCUGCGGUUUAGUGUGGGCGUGUACCCAGCAGAUUUGGGCCCGGACGAUAUCGCCCUUUCCCGGUUCUGUUAUGGUCCGGCAGAAGUCAAACUGGCACAGACCAAGCGGGAGUUUGAUCCCACGCUGACCAUCUCUGGAUUCCCCUUUGAGACGAAAGAGUUCGGUGCCUGCGUAGUGGUUACUGGGCGUGCUUGCGCCGGCAAGGACUACGUGGCGGACUUCGCAUGCAACCUCCUGGCCGGACUAAGGGUGCCCUCGAAGGUCCUGAGCAUCAGCGAGGCCUUCAAGCGCGAGUAUUGCAACGCAACGGCCGCGGACUUCGACCGACUUCGCCGCGACCGGAGCUACAAAGAAUCGCACAGGUCUUCCAUGCAGGCAUUCUACGCGAAGAUGAAGUCCGAGGAUCCCAGUUACCCGCGGCGCUGCCUCUGGCGCACGCUGGCGGAGGGCAACAAGGGUGGUGUGCUGUUCUUGACUGGCGUUCGGGAAAACCUGGCCGAUGUUCGGAAGGCUUGCGUGGCGACCCUCGUGGUGGAAGUGACAGCCAGCGAUUCUGCAGUUGCCUGCCGGGGUGGUCGACGGGUCGAAGGCGAGGGACCCUAUGAAUGUGACCUCAGCUUCGACAACACGAAGGAGGCCGACGAAAAACUCGAGCAGUGGUGUUGGAGCCAUUUGCUUCCGGCAGUCGUGCGGUCUGUGGUCGGAGAUCUGCCAGAUUAUCCCGUCCCCGGGAUCAUCUUCCGAGACAUUCAGAGCGUGUUCAAGCAUCGCUUCGGUCUCAAGCUGAUGACGGAAGUCUUUGUCCGGCAUCUCGAGGACGCAGGCAUCGAGGUGGAUGCAGUCGUUUCUGCUGAUGCCAUGGGCUUUACCGUUGGUGCCGCUCUGGCGGCGCGCCUUUGCACGCCUUUCAUCGCGCUUCGGAAGGCUGGCAAGGUGCCGCCACCCCUGCACCGAACGGAGUACGGAGGCUCCUUCAUCGCAGAGAAGGGCGAUCAUUAUAUCUCAGGUCAGCUGGAGGUCUCUCAUGGCCUCAUCCCACCGAAGGCAAGAGUCGCCUUUGCCGACGACUUCCUGGCCACCGGGCGCACGGCAGAAGCCGUUCUGCAGCUGAUGAAGCAAGCUGGCGCCGAGGUCGCCAGCAUGCUAUUCGCUAUCGAGCUGCCUGACCACGGUGCGCGGAAGUGUCUCCCGAGUGAUGUGGACAUCUUCUCCAUUGCGCAGUUUGAGGGUCUUUAA